GCAGUGACACUAUUUCAACAUUAACUUCUCUCUCGCCCACAAACUCCGGAUUCUCUCUGUCUCUGGCCCGGCUUCAGGGAACCGAGCAGGCUUGGGAGAGACACUCCCCCAGACUGGGACAAACACACGCCUACCGUCCCCGCCCUCUCCCUGCGGACUCUGCACCUUUGCCCCCCUGCCGGCUCCGGUGCACUUCUCCUGCCGACUCCGGGGAGAGUCCUGCAAAGCCCCUCGGCCCCGAGCCCGCACAGUCCCCGGCGACAUCGCAGCUGAUGGCGGCGAACAACCCCCAGCGUCUGCUCUGUGUCCUGGUCACCAUCGCAGCGCUCAGCUCGCCGGGCAACACCACAGAAGCCAAUGAGGAGCCUCCAGUCGUCGUAACAAAGUAUGGGAAGCUGGAGGGGAAGAAAGUGUCUGUGAAGGGGACUGCUAAACCCGUCUAUAACUACCUGGGCAUCCCUUUUGCGAAGCCACCGAUUGGACCCCUCAGGUUCACAGCCCCCCAGGCAGCAGAAGCAUGGACCGGGACCAGAGAGGCGACCAGUCAGCCUCCUGGAUGUCUACAAGAUGGAGCUGCAGCAGAGGCUCUGAAGGAAUUGAUCGCAUUCGAUUUUGUUCCCAGUAAAUCGAGUGAGGACUGUCUGUACCUGAAUGUGUACACACCUGUCGGACCAAAGGACAAGAAUAAGAGACUUCCUGUUAUGGUGUGGAUCCAUGGUGGUGGGUUCGUAAUAGGAAGCGCAUCCCUCUAUGACGGAACGUCACUUGCGGCUUAUGAGGACGUGGUGGUUGUGGCGAUCCAGUAUCGGCUGGGAAUGCUUGGGUUCCUCAGCACAGGGGAUGAGCAUCUGCCAGGAAACUGGGGCAUGUUCGAUCAAGUGGCAGCGUUGAAGUGGGUUCAGGAAAACAUUGAGAACUUUGGAGGUGACCCAGGCCUGGUGACCAUAUUUGGAGAAUCUGCUGGUGCAUUUAGUGUUUCAUUCCAUCUUGUUUCUCCUUUGUCCUCUGGUCUGUUUCACAGGGCAAUAUCAGAAAGUGGCACUGCUUUAAUCAAGCUUGGAAUGCAUCCUGAUCCGAAAUCAAUGGCUCUGAUUAUCGCCAAUGCCAGCGGCUGUGACACUGAUGAUUCCCGGGAAAUUGUUGAUUGUCUAAAGAAGCUGUCUGAAGAGGAAUUGUUGAACAUUACGAAACCUCCCCAAGCAAUUUUAUCUGUCGUGGUGGAUGGUGUCUUCUUGCGCGGAGAGGUAGGACAACUGCUUGAGGCAAAAGAGGUCAACUCGGUUCCAUACCUGUUGGGAGUCAACAAUCAAGAAUGUGGUUGGAUGUUAGCAAAGAUGUUGAACCCACCCGGUUGGGAGGAAGGAAUGGACCGGGAGACUGUGGAGUCUAUGCUUAGGAACAUGAGCCUGAUGAGUGAAGAUUUCCUGAAGCUGACCAUUGAUGAGUAUAUGGGUGAUGUACAAGACAAGGCCAGGAUCCGAGAUUUGCACCUUGAGCUGAUGGGCGAUGUAUUUAUGUUGGUGCCUACCGUCCAAUUUGCCAGAUUUCACCGAGAUGCUGGCAAUGCUGUCUUCCUGUAUGAGUUUCAGCACCGACCAAGUGUAUAUGGAAACAGCCGGCCUGACUUUGUCAUGUCUGAUCACAGUGACGAGCUUGGAUUUGUGUUUGGUGCUCCCUUUUGGAACAAUGAUAUUAAACUAUUAGGAAAUGCCACUGAAGAGGAGCUGGCUCUGAGCAGAACAGUGAUGUCUUACUGGGCUAACUUUGCAAGGAAAGGUGAUCCUAACGGGGAAGGGCUGGUAUUGUGGCCACGUUAUGAUCACAACGAAGGAUACAUGCAGCUGGACCUGAAGCAAGAGGCCGGGAGGAAGCUGAAGGAACACCGCGUGAAAUUCCAUGCCGAGCUGCAGAAGCAACAAAGCAGCAAGAAGAGAGUUAAUCACCUCCACCCUGUGGUCAGAAUUGAGGAUGGCUUCCUUCGGGGAGAACAGCAAGAGGUCGAAGGGACUCCCAGGGCGGUGUUUGGCUACAUCGGAAUACCAUUCGCAGCACCCCCUGUAGGGCCCCUGAGGUUUGCUCCUCCCAAGAAACCACAGCCGUGGACAGGGAUCCUCAAUGUAACAAGCCAUCCACCAAUGUGCCUGCAGAAACUCAGAAAACGUCUAGAGCCUUUCCCAGUGCCUGCCAGCGAGGACUGCUUGUAUCUCAGUGUCUAUACUCCAGUCCGUCCUUCACAGCAAAACAUCUCUCUGCCUGUUAUGGUCUGGAUCCAUGGAGGAGCCUUCAUUCUGGGCAAGAGUUCUUCCUUUAGUGGGGCAGCCCUGGCUGGUUUUGGCAAUGUCGUGGUGGUGAUAAUUCAGUACAGGAUCAGCGUGGCUGGCUUCCUCAGCACAGGAGAUGAAUAUGCUCGAGGGAACUUUGGGUUCCUGGACCAGUUGGCAGCCCUGCAGUGGGUACAGAAGAAUAUUCGUGAGUUUGGUGGGAACCAAGGAAUGGUGACACUGUUCGGACAGUCAGUUGGAUCACUCAGUGUCUCACUACAUAUGUUAUCUCCACUAUCCACUGGUUUAUUCCAUCAGGCGAUACUGGAAAGUGGGAGCUCUCUAAUGCCAGGAUUGGUGCCCCCAGUACCAACCCAGCUGGCUGACGAAGUCGCUCAGAUAGCAGGGUGUAACUGCACUCAGUCACAGCUGCUGCUGCGCUGCCUCAGUAUCAAGUCUAAAGAAGAGAUGGCUGAAAUCACCGUGAGACUGAAUGAAUUGUACCAGUUAAUUCCUGCUCUCAUUGUGGAUGGAUAUUUCCUUCCUGAUAAUCCCUGGAAGAUGUUCCAGAACAGACAGUUUCAGCAAAUCCCGAUCCUGGUUGGAGUGACAACAGAGGAACUGAUAGGGAGCCUUGUCCAUCCCGAGAAAAUCAUUUUAUCCAACUGGGAAGCAGGAAUAAACAGAGAACAAAUUCAGGAGAAAAUUAACCAGUUUAUAAAACCCCUGUUUGGUGAGGAGAAUGCAGGCCUGAUUUUUGAUGAAUACUUUGAGGAUGUGAAUGACUCUGACACACUGAAAGACCGAUAUUUGGACCUGUUUGGCGAUGUGUUCAUAACUAUUCCGACUCUGAGAGCUGCUCAGUUUUACAAAGAUGCCGGGAACCCUGUGUUUUUGUAUGAAUUCCAGCACCGAGCGAGUUACUAUGAACAAAGAAUACCCCAGUUUAAGAGAGCUCCUCAUGCUGCUGAGCUAUCCUUUGUUUUCGGAGGGCCCUUCAUCCCUGCUUUUAAUGUGUUACUCGGUGACAUGACUGAAGGAGAAAAGAAUCUGAGCAAACUGAUGAUGUCAUACUGGGCCAGCUUUGCGUGGAAUAGGAAUCCUAACAGAAAUGACUUACCAGUUUGGCCAAUGAACAAUGACUCUGGAAAAUACAUGCAAUUCAACCUGGCCCUGCAAAUAGGCAACAAUUUAAAGAAUGACAAGCUCAAAUUUUGGUCUAACAAACCUCCAAAGAUAAUUGCAAAAAUAUUAGUCUAGUUUAAAGCUCAUUCCAAUUCAGUCCUCCAUUUGAAAUGUCAUGAAAUGUUUAAACCGACACAUACAAAGGCAUAACACACACAUGACCUUACAAAAGUGCAAAUACAAACACACACACUCACAAAUACAACUAUACACACACAUAAACACAUGCCCUUACAUACAGCCACAUAUGUUUCUAUAGAUUCUCACAUAUUCAGCUGUUGGACAUACCCUUCUCAUAUUAUUUUAAAUACAGGGCUUGUUCUGGUAGACAGACAAGAUACAAAAAGGAAAGUGACACCAAACAGAAGUUUGAAUUGACCUUAUGUUCAUUGCUAGGAUGUGGAGGGGCCAGUAUUGGACUGGGAUGGACAAGGUUAGAGAUCACACAACAUCAAAUUACAGUCCAACAGGUUUAUUUGAAAACACAAGCUUUCAGAACCUCACUUCUUCUUCGGGUGUUAGUGAGAGAGGUAGUUUCACGCACAGGCACAGCUUGUAUUUUUAAAUAAACCUGUUGGACUAUAACCGGUUGUCGUAUGACUUCUGACCUUAUUCAUUGCCAGAUCAUUAGAAAUGAACGGUAAAGCCAAGAUUUUGUUGUAUUAGAGAACAAGCUGAAAACAACAAUCACAACACAGUUGGUGAAUCCAUCAACCAGCAAAAUAAAACAAAUAAAAUUUAGAAUAUUAGCAUGAGAA